AUGCUCAAGUGGCUAGCCAUCCUCAGCCUAGCAGUCCUGUUGGCACAGACGAGUGCUGAAGAAGAACCAGAGAGUGUGAGUUUAGGCAGUUUGCUUGGUAGGGAGUGAAAAGGUAGUAUAUAUGAGUCAAUUUUUAUGAGUCAAUGUUCUAAAACUUUAUAUCAAUUUAGAUAUGAAGUUUUGGAGUUUGAAAAAGUUAAUUUUUUAGUUUUUUUGUGAAAACAUAACAUUUAAUUUUGUUCUUUUAAAUAGUUUGAAAUUUCUAAAAGACCACUUUUCAGAAUGUAAAGAAUGGCACAGCCAAAGGACAUUACUAUCCUCAACCGCCACAGUCGUACUAUCCACCCCCACCACCAUACAAAAGACCACGCAAGCCAAUUCUGAUUGACGGUAAGACAUCAUUUGUCACGCUAUUUUUUGCAAUUUCAGAAUUUUUUCUUUAAAUUUUCAUUUUUAACAUUAGGAAUGAAACUAUAGUAAUUUUGUAUAAUACUCACGUUGUACUUACAAUUCUUUCCCUAUGUUAUACUUUUUUCACGUUAGAUUACGUUUGCGACAUUGACGCUUCAAUCUUGGUCGUAACCACCAAGCCAACAGACAACAACGGCUACCCAGCCCCUCCACAGAACGGCUACGGACCAGCUCCAGAAGCUUACGGUCAACCACAAGGUUACGGUCAAGGGCCACCACCUCCACCUGGAUACAAUAACCCACCUCCACCACAAGGCUAUGGCCCUCCACCGCCACCUCAAGGUUAUGGCCAAGCCCCACCACCACAAGGUUAUGGCCAAGGCCCACCACCACCAGCUGGAUACGGCAGCGCUCCACCUCCACAUCAACACCAACCUGGAGGCUACCGUCAGAAGCGUCAUGCGUACGGUAACGCCCCACCACCACCUCCACCACAAGGUUACGGUAAUGCCCCACCACCACCAGCUGGAUACGGUAACCCACCUCCACCACAGUAUGGUUCUUCCCCAGCUCCACAACCAUACGGACCCCCACCACCACAAGGCUACGGUGCUCCACCAAUCUACGGUGCCCCACCAAAGCUCACCGAGCCUAAGGCUGACCGUCUUCGCUGUUCUGCCAUUGCUUUCACAUCGUUGAAGGAUUGCCAGAAGUGUUGCCAGAUCGCUGCCCGCAAAGACCAAAGCAUUCCAAAGGUAAGAAAAGUUUUAUUUUCUAUGUUACCGUAGUACAAAGUUGUUUUUUUAUCAUUUGUAGACAAAAAAUAUACCUAAUUUACAUUAUCUAACAGUUACAGUAAGACAUUAUAGAUGUUACAGUACCUAACUUUUUAAAAAUCAACUAGUUCUCCACAAUAACUUUCAUCUUUCAGUCCGACAUCAUCGGCUUCUUGCUCGACUUCAAUCAACUCGACUUUGGUGGCGAAGCUCCGAUCCCAUCGUACGCUGGUGUCGCCCAACCUCUACAACACUACGGUGGUUCGGAGAACGGCGACUACGGCUACACUUCAUCAGGCGACAACAAAUGCGUGUGCUGUGCUCCAAAACGCAAGGUCUACGCUCCACCCCCACCAUCGUACGGGCAGCCACAGCCAGGCUACUACUAA